ACCGACACAGUUGAUGAGUUCUACUGAAAACCUUUUGCUUCAUGUAGUAAUAUCUUUAGAAAGGGUCCUGUUUUUCCGUGGUUAAAUAAUAAUUGUAUCACACAGACACAGAGGCCCACCGAGAGGGCGGGAGGUCGGGGAAAUUCGUGUGGAAAAAGAAACAAACAAACAAAACUAAAUUAAAAAUUAAUUUAGUCAAUUAAUACCGAACAAUUAAAAAAAAAAAAAAAACAACUAACAGCUCGAGCCCUCAGCCGUGCGCGGGACCGUUUGCGUUCACGCGCACCGCCACCGCAUAAACAAAAACAAAACAAGCCUGUCAGUUUUGUUUUAAUGUUUUUAAUUUUAUUUCUCAGCCGUGUGUUGUAGUGAAGCUUGGACCCUGGAAAGACAAGGGUUGGACCGUCCAAAAUGAAAUAAUCAUAUAUGAGUCACAUGUGUUUAACCAUCACUGAAGUCAGGACAAAACUGGAUUAUCCUUGUUGAAGAGAAGAUUCAACGAUGGAGCCUGUCCAUAUUAAAGAGGAGAGUCCUGCACUGGAAUCAGUCCAUAUUAAAGAGGAGAGUCCUGUCCUAGAAUCAGUUCAUAUUAAAGAGGAGAGUCCUGUACUGGAAUCAGUCCAUAUUAAAGAGGAGAGUCCUGAACUAGAAUCAGUCCAUAUUAAAAAGGUUAUUCUCAGUUCUAAACCCUUAAGCAGCUUGCAGGGCUCUCUUCCCUGUCCUGGAUGUGGGGAGAGUUUUAAUCCUGAAGGAAACCUUGAAACAUCUCCUGGAAAGACUCUGCAUCGCUGUGCUGGAUGUGUGAAGACUUUCAGGGAGUCAGGAAUCCUGAACGGACAGCAGCAAACAGGCACUGGAAAGACUCCAUAUAACUGUCAUGAAUGCGGGGCAGAUUUCAGACACCACAGCACCGUGAAACACCACCUGCGAGUUCUGAAGGUACAGCUGGGUUAUCCUUGUGAAAGGCAGGAUUCAGAGAUGGAGCCUGUCCACAUUAAAGAGGAGCUUCCUGAACUAGACCCUGUCCAUGUUGAAGAGGAGGGUAACCAUUUUAAAACAAGCAGCUUGCAGGACUCUCUGUCCUGUACAGAAUGUGGAAAGAGUUUCAGACAGUUAAAAAACCUGAAACUUCACCAGCAAAUCCACACUGGAGAGAAACAACAUGUCUGUUCUGACUGUGGGAAGAGUUUCAGUCAGUCAAGCCAUUUGAAGAGACACCAGAGAAUUCACACAGGAGAGAAACCUUAUUUGUGUAGUAAAUGUGGGAAAAGUUUCAAUCAGUUAGCGCAUCUUAAAAACCAUCAGUUAAUUCACACAGGAGAGAAGCCACAUCACUGUAAUGACUGUGGGAAGAGUUUCAGACAGUCAGGUGACUUUCAAAUACACCAGCGAAUUCACACAGGAGAGAAACCGUAUACCUGUGCUGACUGUGGGAAGAGUUUCAGAUGGUCACAAAGCCUGAAACUUCACCAGCGAAUCCACACUGGAGAGAAACUAUAUGUCUGUGCUGACUGUGGGAAGAAUUUCAGGAAGUCAAACCAUUUGAAAAGACACCAGCAAAUCCACACAGGAGAUAAACCACAUUCGUGUAGUAAAUGUGGGAAAAGUUUCAUUCAGUUAGCACAUCUUAAAAACCACCAGUUAAUUCACACAGGAGAGAAGCCACAUCACUGUAAUGACUGUGGCAAGAGUUUCAGACAGUUAGGCAACUUGAAAUUGCACCAGCGAAUUCACACUGGAAAGAAACAAUAUGUCUGUUCUGAGUGUGGGAAGACUUUCAGAUGUCUACAAAACCUGAAAAUUCACCAGCAGAUCCACACUGGAGAGAAACCACAUGUCUGUUCUGAGUGUGGGAAGACUUUCAGACGUCUACAAAACUUGAAAAUUCACCAGCAAAUCCACAUUGGAGAGAAACCACACGUCUGUGCUGUCUGUGGGAAGAGUUUCAGACGUCUACAAAACCUGAAAAUUCACCAGCAAGUCCACACUGGAGAGAAACCAAAUGUCUGUGCUGACUGUGGGAAGAGUUUCAGCCUGCCAUGCACUUUGAAAACACACCAGCGAAUUCACACUGGAGAUAAACCGUAUCUGUGUAGUAAAUGUGGGAAGAGUUUCAAUCAGUUAUCACAUCUUAAGAACCACCAGUUAAUCCACACAGGAGAGAAGCCACAUCACUGUAAUGACUGUGGGAAGAGUUUCAGACAGUCAAGCAACUUUAAAUUCCACCAGCGAAUUCACACUGGAGAGAAACGACAUGUCUGUGCUGACUGUGGGAAGAGUUUCAGAGACUUACAGCACCUGCAGCUUCACCAACGAAUCCACACUGGAGAGAAACCGUAUGUCUGUGCUGACUGUGGCAAGAGUUUCAGGGAUUUACAGCACCUGCAGCUUCACCAACGAAUCCACACUGGAGAGAAACCGGAUGUCUGUGCUGACUGUGGGAAGAGUUUCAGGGAUUUACAAAGCCUGAAACGUCAUCAGCGAAUUCACAGUGGAGAGAAACCAUAUGUCUGUGCUGACUGUGGGAAGAGUUUCAGUCAAUCAAGAUCUUUGAAAAUCCACCAGUUAAUUCACACAGGAGAGGAGCUACAUCACUGUAAUGACUGUGGGAAGAGUUUCAGAUGGAUAUACAGCUUGAAAAGGCACCAGCGAUUCCACACAGCGGAGAAACCUGAUCACUGCAGUCCGGUUCUCUUAAAAGACACAAAUGCAAGUUGUGAAAGUUUAGGUAGAAUGUGAGUGUGUGUUCAUUCACCCGCACUCAGAAAUGCCAGCCUUUUCAAAUAUAAGCUUAAUAUAAAAACUGUGAGAACUCUUUUGAAUGUCUACAAAUGAGACACAUUUAUUGAUAUUAAACACAGUGCUCUGAAGCUGUUACAUUAUAAAGUACAUUCUUAGUUUGCAAUCCAUUGAAUAUACAGACGCCUCGCAGUGUUGUGUGAUACGAGGUGAAGCCGAGUGCCUCCAACCCCUGAGAAGUCUGUAUAUUCAACGUAUACGGUGUGGGAGAAAUUCAUAGUUGUAAUUGAAUGUACUUUGUAAAAUGACAUUUCAAAUCUUAAACUAUGAGGCUUAAGAUGCUGUGAUGUUAAUUAAGUGUGUCUUCCCCCAACCUUCUCCCAUAACAUUUGAGAUCUGCUUCAAAGGACUGGAUAUUAGUAACAGAGGGUCAUAAAGAUUUAAAUUAGUUUCAGUUCAGAUUACCUGCCAGUCUGGUCUAAACAAACAGAGCUGAUUCUUAUCUGUUAAUUAAGAAAGUCUGUCUGAAAGCCAGUGUACAACUUUCUUCUUAUAAAGGGUUAAGAAGUGCAACACCUGGUGGAUACGAGGUGCCAUGACUUUGCCCAUUAUAUGAAUUGUUACCAUGAAACAUUUAAUGUUUGAGUAGAAAUUCCUAAUUUCCUUAUUCUAAAAGUGAACUGAAAAACAAACCUUUACGAGGGUGUAAUAUUAACUUGUUUAGCAAGCUCAGGGAUUUAGAUUUACUGAAACUAUCAGAUUGAAAUGUAACAAGUAAUAACUGAUUUAAAUGUGUUUUAGAAUCAUUUUAACCCUUUGCGGUCCAUUUAUUCAGCGCGUCUCAAGGCGUGUCAGGUUCAAUUUAUUUUCACACGUGCAGUUUAUUUUAGACGCGCUGUUUAAAAGUAUUUUUUUUCACAAUAAAACAGGUUUAAAAGGCACUGCAUAUCAACAGGACACUCUCCAGCCCCGCCCCCACCCCUUGUUUGCUGUCAAUGCCUCUUAAUAAUACUACAUAUUUUUCACAUACCUCUUGAUAGUGCAUACCGAUAAAUCAUCUCCUGAUCACUCGUUUUAUCACCAAACUCCUCAAUACUGCGAUCCAAGUCAUUAUUUUAUUACUAUAACAUCUAAAAAAAGCUCUGCAAAUGUCUGUGAUAUUCUUUGAGCGCUGGAUGCGGAAGCAGCUAUCUUGUUUGUUUAUGUCCGUGUUAUUUAUGUGGUGUCGGGGCUAUCAGUAUUCAUGAGAUACGCCCCCUUUUUUUUGGCUUCUCUCGGCUCCUAUCAGUCUCACUCGGCCAUUGAAUGGUUUUCUCAGCUUUUUCCGGAGAAAAAACGACUAGAGACCUGUUUAUUGUGUCUUUUUGAUGAUGUUGGACAGGGUCCGACAUCGGACCGGAAAGGGAAAAUUGCAAUGUCGGACCAGGUCUGACAUAGGACCACAAAGGGUUAAUAACAUCUUACGGACGCAAGUUUAAGAGUUAUUUCAGUAUGUUUUCCCAAUAAAAUGUAAAUGUUUAUUGUGUUUUAAUGAAGUUAAAAGUGAAAAUGAUUCAUUACUUACGUUACUUUAUUUUAAUUAUUGUAGAAUGUGUUUAACAUGCUGGAAACAGGCAUCUUGUUCGGGGAAUUAAACUGACAUUUUUAUCA